AUGCAAUACAUUGAUGAUAUGUCAAGAGUUCGCUAGUUAGCAGAAUCAUGGUAAAAGAAAAAAUCUCUUAAAAUACUUAAAUCAAGACUAUCAAGUGCUUAAUAUCCACAAAGAACUCUUUCUAGAGUACCUCAUCUUAUUAGAAAUUAUAAUACUAUCGAAUAGAAUAUAUUUGCAGUAUCUAAAUUAAAUAAGACUGUUUCUGAAAUAUAUAAUUCUCCAAAAGAAGGCUAAAAAUAAAUAAAUUAAUCUUUUUCAGUUGAUGAAACAUUUUAUGAAUUUCCUUCGUAAUCAAAUACAAGAAAAGAAAACUAAAUGGUUGUUGAUAAAAUUUAAUAAAAGUUUUCAAUUUUUAAGUCAAAGAAAUAAUCUGCUAUAACAAAUAAAUAUUCAGUAUAACCCAAGGUAUCCUAAACAUUUUAAAGAUAAUCAAAAAGUGUUUAGAACUAAACUUAAUAAACGUUAAGUGAGACAAUAAAUAAUAAUUUUCUUGUUAAUUAAAGGACUGUUUUAAAAAAUGGUGUUCGAUAUCCUUAUUAAUUAUUGAUAAUGAAUAAUUCAAGACAAAAAAUAUUAAACAGUAUGAUUAAUUCAAAUGACACAACUUUAAUGACAAUAAGUAAUGCAAGUGAUUUGGAAGAAUUAAAAAAAAAGGAUUCCAAAAUUUAUCAAGAAGAAGGUAUUAAAUAAUAUAAUUAGAGUAAAGACUGUUUAAAAUGAAAAACGAAAAUAAGAGCUAUUAUCAAGAAAUCAUAUGACAAAUGCUAUGUACUCAUUAAUGGCUCUUAAUAGAAGAUCUCAAAGCAAUGUAAAAUCAAAAUAUUAGACAUUAUUACCAAAAGAUUCGAGAUUCUAUAUGAUUUGA